AUGACCUCCAACGCUCUGUCUCUUUGCUGCACGGUCGGCUCCCUGCACGAGGGGGAGGCUAGGGGAGAAAACAGAGACAUUGGACCCAUCUCAACCUAUUUUGCUUAUCCUUCCGACCGGUCUACUGAAAAUGCGAUCCUGAUCCUGACAGACGUUAUUGGCCACCGACUGAUCAACGCCCGGCUGAUUGCGGACCAGUUCGCCGCCCAUGACUAUCUUGUAGUGAUGCCGGACCUUUUCGCAGGCCGGCUAGACGCCGGAUUUAUCGCCCAUCCCACCAUGAUAGAGCCCGAGGAACUCCAGGACAUUGAAAGGCCCCUCAGCAUUGCCGCCGCUGGUGAGUUGUUCACUCCUUCCGAGUCCGUUAUGUCGUUGCUGGCCUAG